AUGGCAGUUCAUGUCUUUGGAGCCGUCUCGUCGCCGUCGACUUGCUUGUUCACUUUAAAUAAAACAGCAGAAGACAACAAAUUGAAAUUUCCAGACGCAGCAGUCAGCGUAAGAACAAGUUUCUACGUCGCCAAAUAUUUGGAUUCGUUCAAUUCCGAAGGAGAGGCAAUCAAACGGGCCCGCCAACUAAAGGAACUGUUGCAACUUGGGGUUUUUAAUCUCGCCAUGUGGUCGUCGUCGUCAAGAAAGGUCAUAGCAGCACUCAAACCAUUAGGCUUGGCCAAUCCAAAACUGGAUUUAGAUUUAGACAAAUUGCCUAUGAAUUGCGCCUUAGGUAUUCUUUGGGACAGUGAAAUCGAUGCGUUCAUUUUCAAGGCAGGAGAGAAAAUUCAGUUGCACGCCACACCCACUAAAAGAAAUCUCGUAAGUGUGGCGGCCACUGUAUAUGAUCCGCUUGGGUUCGUUGCUCCCGUGGUGUUCGCCAUAAAGAUGUUGACGCAAGAAGUAUGGCGAGCCAAGGUGGAUUGGGACGAAGAGCUACCCGAACCCUUGAAAUGUCGAUUUCCAAAAUGGUGUCAAAGUUUGCCAAACUUAGCACGCAUUACAGUUCCCCGAUUCCCAAUAAACGAAGAGCAUCUAACAGUUCAACGGAUACACAUCUUUGCUGACGCCAGUCAACUAGGGUUUGGAGCAGUCGCAUACGCGCGAACAACGUACGCCAGUGAAAGGGUCGACAUAUCUUUCAUCAUGGCCAAGACAUGUUGCACCGCUAAAACAACUCUCGAUCCCUCGACUCGAACUUCCAGGAGCUGUCGAAGCUUUACACCUAGUCAUAAUAAUUUGCCGUGA